AUGGGAAAUAGUCAAUCAACUCAACAAAAUCAUGGUAGUACAAUUGAAGAAGAAGAAAAUACUCCUUUGUUAAAUAAUAAUAAUAAUCAUGAAGAGGCAAGUCAUCCCACAGAAUCAGAACCAAAUGAAUUGACAUCAACUCAAACUCAAACUCAAACUCAAUCGCAAUCUCAAUCUACUUCAGCUAACGACAUAGAAGCACAAAAUAACCAGGAGGAAAAUGAAUCUACACCAUUGUUGAGUAGAACAGAAAUACCCCAUUAUUCAAUAUUAAAGAAGAUAUUUAAACCAAAUUGGAUUCAUUUGAUUUUACUACUAGUCAUUUUAACAGCAUCUAUUGCUUAUUUGACACUAGAUAACAUCGAAAAUGCAAUUAAUGACUCUAUUGAUAUAAAUAUUCAUAAUACAACUUUAGAAAAUUUAACAUCACUGGGAGUUAAUAUAAAUGUUCAAGGUUCAAUAACAUUAGAUUAUAACAAAAUUCAAAAUAAUUAUAUACAAAAAUCAGUUUUAAAACUAGGUUCAUUCUUGGUUGGUGGAAUCACAAUAAAACUGUUAAAACCAAUUCAAAUACAUGUUAAAUUAAUUGAUGUUGAUAGUCCAUAUUUAUAUUUAUUGGAUACUAUUCCACCACCAAUUUAUGUAGAUAUUAAACAAUUACAUACAACAAAUUUAAAUAUUUCAAGUAAUUGUUCAUUAGGUCAAACUCAAUUUUUUGAGUUUUUAAAAUACUACUAUAAAUUAAAUUCAAAUGAAAUCAAUAUGGAUUUAAAAAUAUUUGGUGAUGAAUUUGAAAUUAAUACUUUGAAAUUUAUCAGUUUUAAUUUAAAAGAUAUUGAAAUUAAUGAUCAAAUAACUAUAAAAAAGGAAGAUUUAAAAUUACCACCACUGAUUUUAAAAAUUGAAAAACUUGAUAUAACUUCAUCUACUCCAAAUGUUAUAGAUUUAAAUAUUAAUUUAUUAAUUGCUAAUGAUUAUGGUCUAACAUUAGAUUUAAAUUUUAUGUCAUGGGAUUUAUUAUUUAAUGAUUGUAAUAAUAAAUUAAUUAAAGUUGGAAAUUGGACAACUUUACCAACAAAUAUAACUCCUGGUAAAUUAAUAUCAAUACAAGUUAUUGGACAAAUUACUGACGUCCCCAAUUGUUUAAUGGAAGAUUGUUUUGAUAGAGUAAGUCCAAUAAAUCAAAUGGUUCAAAAUUAUUUAAAUGAAAAUCCAAUAAAUUUUGCAAUUCAUUUAAAUAAUUAUCAACCUGAUAAUAAAUUAAAUUGGUUAUUGGAAAAUUUAAAAAAAUUACCACCAAUUGAAUUAUCUAUAAAAUUACCAAGGAUUAAAAUCCCAUUAACUAAAAUUGAAUCAAAUUCAACUGAUAUUUUAAUGAAUAAUGAAAAUAAUAAAACUUUUGGUAAUGAAAUUAUUUCAACUAUUAUAAGUAAUAAUUCAACUUUUCAAUUUUUAAAUUCUUUAAAUUUACCAAUUGAUUUAAAAAAAUUUAAAAUAAAUUUUAAUAUUGGGUUGAGUGAUGAUUUAUUAUUAAGUGCAUCAUCAAAAGAUUUUGUUUAUUCAACCGUAAAUCAAGUAAAAGAUUUGAUUAAUAUAGGAAUGAGUUUAUCAGAUUUGGAUGUUGAAAUUAUUAACCCAAGCUAUGUUGGUAAAGUAAUCAAUAAAUUAAUCAAUGACCGUAACGACGAUCUUUUAAUUUGUGAAGAUCUACAUAUGAAUAUAAGUUUAACAGAUAUUGAAAUGCUGUUACCUUUAAUGAAGAAAGCAAAUAUAAAACAAUUAGAUUUAACUCAACUUCAAAUUCCUUCAAGAUUUGAUAUUACAUCAAUUGAUUCAAAUUUGAAUAUAGACACAAUACUUCAACAACUAAAUAUAACAAUAGAUCAAAUCUAUCUAUAUGAAGUUUCAAAAAAUAGUAUUGAAUUUUUAAUAGAAUCAUCCAUAUAUAAUCCAUUAAAUAUAACAUUAGAUAUUCCUCAAAUUAAUCAACAAAUAAUAAAUUUAGGUUUAUUAGUAAAUCAAACAAAAAUUGGUGUUAUAAAAUUUAAAGAAAUUUAUUUACCAAAACAUGAAAAAAUUGAUUUAAUAUUAAAUAUAAAAUUUCAAUUUAAUAAAUUAUCAGAAAAACAAAUUUUACAAGAUUUUAUAAGUGAAUAUAUAAGUUCAAAUUCUUCAUCAUUAGGAGCUAAUCAAAUAUUAAGUAUUGGAAAUAAUUCAGUUUUAAAUAAUUAUGGAUUAGAAUUAUUUUUGAGAGAAAUUUCAAUAAUUCAAUUUUCUUUACCUAAUAUUACAUUCACAAUUCCAGAAUAUAAAGCGACUUAUAAUGAAAUAACAGCUAGAUCAACUAAUAAUGAAAUAAUACCUAAGUCAACUGAUAACGAAUUAGCAACACAAGAUUUAAAAGUAUUUGUACUAGAUAUAAUAAUUCAUAUAUUAACAUCAGAAAUUGAAAUAAAAAUAUAUAAUCCAAUAAAAAAUUCUGAAAUUAAAAUUCAAAUAUUAAGUUCAAUAGCAAAAUAUGAUAAUAUAAUCCUUGGUUAUUUAAAUAAAAUUGAAUAUCUUAUAAUACCACCAGGUUUUUAUACAUCACCUAAAUUACCAAUAAAAAUUUAUUAUGGAUCUUCUAGAGAUUUAUUAAGAAAGAAUCUUAAUCAAGAUUUAGAUAUUGAUAUUUUUGUUGAAUUUAUUUUAAAUUUUGAUGAUUUUAAUUUAAGGUUGUUAUAUAAAGGUAAAAAUUUAUCUUCAAAAAUUAGAUUAUAA